AUGACUCUUGAUCCAGAACCAAAUCAUGGCACGAAGCGUAAGCGCGGAGAACGGAGACGCGCUUCGCUGGCUUGCGAGACAUGCAGAAAGCAGAAAGAAAAGUGCGAGGGUGGUCAGCCCUGCUGGAGAUGUCAGCGACUAGGACGAUCAUGCCAUUUUCAAGGCCACCCCAUUCCAACAACUACAUCCCCUUGCUCCUCUUCAGUUCCCGUCGUGUCUGUUCCGAGAGAGGAGAAUCGGCGAAUACAAAGUCUAGAACAUAUUGCUCGCCAUUUUCUCGGGGAUGUGUCCUUGGACGAGGAGAACAUAAGUCGUAUUGCGGACAAGUUACGAAGCUCGACGAAUACCACCCUGCCGGAAACUGCCCUGGAUAUCAACGAGUCGUUCGACGUUCAUUUCGUGUCAAAUAAUAUGGCGCAUUACUCGGGGGAAUUUUCUCACUGGAACUUUUCCCAGAAAUUACGCCGUAAAAUGAGCUGCCAAAUAGAUCAGAUUGAUUCUAGGGUCAAAGAAUACUGGCGACCAACCCAGCUUCAAUCCUCGCCCGAAAUUAUGGUGGAGACAAUGAUGCAUUUACCACCGAGGCCUAUUGCCGACUUUCUUAUCAACAUGUUCUUCAAGUAUGCUGAGAUAAACUCCUUUUACAUGGAGCGGAAAUGGAUUGAAGAGAAAGUAGCCCUCUGUUAUAGCUCAACAACUACAUAUACGGCCAUUGAUUUUCCCUGGGUAUGCUCUGUUUUGGUUGUUCUGGCUAUUGGAACACAGGUAGCCCAUAUGGAGGAUGAAAAACCAAAGCCCGAUUCAGAGAUCACCGAAGAACUCAACCUGUGCUCUGAGGACUCUGUCGGGCUAGUCUUCUACCACGCUGCAUGCAAGCUUAUUCCUGAUGUCCUUUUAGUUGCUUCUCACGAAAGUGUACAGGUCUUCCUACUUCUCGCUACAUAUUCACUGCCUGUUUCCACGGGUGGGCUUGCAUACACCUAUUACGGUCUUGCAAUGAAGAUGGCGAUUCAAAAUGGGAUGCAUCGCCAAUAUCAAGGGGGUAACUGUGACUCUAGGACUAUUGAAGUCAGAAAUCGGUUAUUUUGGACAGCAUACACUGUUGAAAGAUAUAUCAGUAUCAUGCAUGGACGCCCUAUGUCAAUCGCGCGAUCGGAGAUAAACGCCGAUAUGCCAAAGGACUGCCCUACCUUUGAGUCGCCACGGUUUGCCAACCUAACCGCGUUCCAUACAUUGAUUUCAUACUUGGGAGAGAUCUCUGAAACACUUGCACAAUUCAAAAGAUGUCCGAAAAGGCUUCUGUCUGAAUAUUCAGAGCGGCUCUUGCGGCUGAGGGCGAGUAUCAAGCAGUGGUGGGAUUCACUCCCAGCCACUGAAGAAUGUCGAGACUUAUGCUCACAAGGUCCAAAUUUCCGACAAAACUCGCAUCUCAGACUCUGCUAUCUGCUUAUAUAUGUCUACAUGGGCCGUGCUUUUAUAUUUGUCGAUGACAAAAAAAAGCAGAGUGAACCUGUAGUUGGUGCAGACCAUGAUCCAGGACGGGUUCGUCGGUCAGUUUUGGUGGACGACUGCGUAUCAAGUGCUUUGGACAUUCUAAAUACUCUACAAGCUUUAUCCGACCAUGUCGGUUUGUGCCGCGCUUCUUACAAUGAAUUUGGUGCUUGUCGUGCGGCUAUUCUAGUCAUCCUUGCAGAAAGCCUCAACUCAGGGAAGUCGCAGAGACUCCAAGAUGGUCUGCACCGUGGAAUGAGUCUUAUACGUCAGAUGGUUGGAGGAUGCUCUACAGAAUCCGAAAUAUCUUACCUCGAGUCUAUCGAAGCAGCUAUCAGCCAGCUUCUAACCAUUCCCGAACAAGACUCCAUUUCGCAAUCAAAAAGCGACCAGAAUUCCGUCUCUGCCUAUUCGAAGUUCAAAGACUGGACGCAGUCACUAAAGAAGGACAAGUCUGCAAGUGGAAAUGUGGACCUGUCUUCUUUUAGUCCGUUGUCGCAUUUCACACCUGGCACAGAAGGCUUUACGAAUCCGGAGCUGAAUGAUAUGACGGCUUUCUUAGACCCUGAUUGGUCAAAUGGUGAUUUCGAGUUUGAUGCGUAUAAUAUUUCAUCACUGUGA